ACAGAAGAAGUGAGAGCGGUCAGACUGGGAGGCAGAGAAGGAGAAGCAGACCGAGACAGACAACAAGAGAGAGCUCACCGCCUGUACGCAUCUGCUUCUCUUCUAUGCUCUCUUGCUUACAUUUUGGUGCAGGUUUUUUUUUUUUUUUUGCAACCGGAAUGCCAUGAAAGCCGGUCAUGCUGCGUACUUGUAGAUUUUCUUCUUCUUUCCAAAGUGUGAGCCACAGAGAAAGGCUGAGAGAGAAGAGGGAGGGAACUGCUUCCCCUACGGCCACAUUGCUACGCGUCCGAUAAAAUAAAUCCUCUGAUUGUUCCAAUUUCCCUAAGAGAACCAAAAAAUAAAAAAAUGCAACACUUACCCAAUCCCAGACACAACAUUCAGGAUCUUGAGAGCCCAGUGUGCACCCCUAUAGAAAGCUGAUAGAUUCCUCCAAAAAUGUGCAAGAAGGGGCUGUGAGAUUCUCUCUCUUUUGUUUGUGAGCUGAAUAGCUAGGUUCUUCUGUUUGCAUCAGCCGGCUGUUUGUUGCAGCUUUAAAGCAGGUGGAUGACAAAAACAUCAAUCUCUCUAGGCACAUUGUGUGUGGCAAGCACGCAUUGAAGCACAUCUCUCACUGGCUCCGUACAGUACAUUGACACAUUCCUAUUCUCUGUUUAGAGAUUGAGGGUGGAAUAUGAGCUAAAACGGUACUGGGGGUACAGUAUAUUAUACUGGAGUAAAAAUGUUGUAGUUGCUAUAAUUCAACAAUCCGAUACGUAUCAAUAUUAGAUGGUGAAUUUAAGGUGGUAGAUGAAGAAUAAGAUGUCAGUUUUUGUCAACCUAAUUUAAGAAGAUUAGCACAUAAAUUGUGUUUGAUGCAUACAAUAAUUAUCAUAAGUACAAAUUUGAUGAGCAAUACUAAUGAUGGGCGGUACAGAAAAUGGAUGAAUGAUGGACAUAUCAAUGGAAUCAUUAUGUAAGCACCUGUUUUUUUUAAGUGUAGUGUUAAUGUUAAAAGUGUGCAUAAUAUUACAGUGGUUUAAAAUUAUAUUAAGUAUAAAUUAUAGGACUAAAAACAUUGCCUCGUUUUUGUUGAGUUGAGAACACUUACGCGUUUUACAUUACUGCAUUUUAAUGUCGUCAUUAUGGUAGUACUUGAAGAGGUAUUUUUUUCGGUGUAAUUUUUUUUUUAAAACCACUAAAUCAACCUAACAUGCAUAUUUUUGAAAUGUGACAGCAAGCCGGAAGCCGCAGUUGUACCCAUCAUUAUCAACAAUGUUUAACAAUAUGUAGAGAGAGUUAAAUUCCUCCUCUGAGAAGGUUUCAAAGCGAACUAAACCCGUAAACUAGUACGACAGAUAAUGUAGUGCGUUUUUCCCGAUUUUCGAAAAGCGAAAGUACACCAGUCAAGGUCAACGUUUAUCUCGUUCCAUUUUACAAGAUUUUCCGCUGAGUUCCUGAACGCACCUCGGUGACGUUGACUGUUUUGAUGAUCGUGGCGGGAGACAGAGGUUACUUCCUUGACUUACAAGCUUGGUAGUAAAAAAAUCUCGUAAACUUUAUUUUAUUCAAAAACUAUGUGAGAGUAUCAGUCAUUUAAAGCUUAGGCCAGGUAAGUGGCAAAACACUGUUUUCGCGAAAUUGCUAGCAUUAGCUAAAGAAGGUCCCUCGAAGUUCGACAGAUGAUUCAAAGUUAGCCUGAUGGCGUCUAUGUUGGUAAAAGACAACCCACUUCUCUUACCCCUCAACGUGGAGAAAACGGUCUAUGAUGGAUUCAUCACUGUCCAGGAAAAAGACCUGAGAUUGAGAAUACAUCUACCACCAGAUCGCCAACUCAAAAAGGCCAAGUUGCAUUGCUGCUGGAAGUUAAAACACCUGUUGCAUGGGUAUGAACACAUUGUAAAGCAGCGGCUACAUCAGUCAACUGAUCUUGUUAGUUUCAUUCUGGAACUGAAGACUGUCUUGGAAGUGUGCUUAAAAAAACAUCCGAUGUACUACACCAUUCCGCCUCCACAGUACUACUCCCAACUCAUCUUGGAAAUGGAAACCCUUGGGUGGGACAAGCUACUUUUCAUAGACACACAGUUUCAAAUGGUGAGGAUGAAAGCUGAAGACUCCUCUGGACGACAGCACAUUCUUACCAUUAACCUCAAGUCAAAGCACCCAGCAGAGGCUCCUGAAUGCUCAGCUGACCUGCCAGUCCCCCUCCUCUUAAAAUGGACGCCCCAGUCUUCUUUGAAUCAACUCCACAGCCAGUUCCUGCUAGUCAUUGAGGCUCUGACUGAGUUCUGGGAUGUUCUUGAUGAGAUUGACACAAAGACCUGGAUCCUGGAGCCAGAAAAGCCAAGUCUUUCUGACACUAUGAGACGAAUAGUUAUCGGAAACAAUGUCUCCAUUAAAGUGGAAGUGGAUCCCCGACACCCGAAGAUGUUACCAGAAUGCUGCCUGCUGGGAGCUGAGCAUGUUGUGAUUCCACUGAGGAAUAAACUGAACGCCAACAUGCAUUUGUGGAACCCGGACUCUGGUGUCUUGCAAAACCUCCAGGAUGUUUUGGAGAUCGAAUUCCCGUCACCUGCCACCCACGAAAAAUCUAUUUUCAAUGUUGAGUGUGGAAUCUGCUACUCCUAUCGCCUUGAAGCUGCUAUCCCUGACCAGGUGUGCAACGAUCAUCGCUGUGGGCAGCCCUUCCAUCAAGUCUGCCUGUAUGAGUGGCUGCGUGUGCUGCCUGGCACCAGGCAGAGCUUUAACACGGUUUUUGGAGAGUGUCCUUACUGCAGCAAGCCCAUUACUGUGAAAAUGACAGCUCAGAAGUCUUGAAGUGGCUUUCCAUGCCACAUCAACUAAAGGAAACGGUUUAAAACUAAUACAACCAAAGAAAGCAAAUCACUUUGAAAAUUCCUGCUGGGGAGAGGGAAAAAA